AUGUUGACUUACACCCUUUUAGCACUGGCGGGCCUCGUUGCCAUCCUUAUGCGACUUCUUUCGAUUGGUAGAAGGCCCAAAAAUUACCCACCUGGACCUCCAACUCUCCCCUUAAUUGGCAACAUUCAUCAGAUGCCUUUGCGAGACGCCCAUCUGCAAUUCGAAAAAUGGGCUCGAGAAUAUGGGCCAAUAUACAGCCUGAUACUGGGAACUAAGACUUUGAUUGUGCUCUCAAGUGGUAAAGCAGUUAAGGACUUGCUUGAUAAGAAGAGCGGUAUCUAUUCUCACAGGCAAGAGAUGUAUAUUGGCCAGACACUCUGCAGUGGUGAUCUCCGGCUCUUGAUGAUGGGAUAUGGACCGAGAUGGCGUACAUUUCGCAAAAUGGUCCACGGACUUCUCAACGUGUCAGCUGCGAAAUCUUAUGUCCCAUAUCAGAUGCUAGAAAAUAAGCAAAUGCUCUACGAAAUGCUCAACCAACCAGAUCUAUUUUUGGAAAGCAUCCGACGGUACUCGAACGCGUUGACAACUACCAUGGUCUUUGGCUGGCGAACUCCCACGUAUGAGGACGAUAAGAUGAAGCAAUUGUUUGACGGCUUCGCUGACUUCGCCGACCUGAACCAAACAGGCACAGCUGCCCUAAUCGACUUCUUUCCGUGGCUAAGGCAAUUACCAGAUUUCCUCUCACCAGCGCAGAAGAAGGCCAAAGGGCUGCAUAAGCACGAGAAGGCUUUGUAUCUAAGCCACUGGCUCAGGGCUAAAGAUGAGUUCCAGAAGGGCCUCAUACAGCCAUGUUUCUGUGUUGGAAUGGCAGAAGCACAGAAAGCAGAUGGUUUUAGCGACGACCAGGCAGCUUACAUAUCUGGCACUCUCCUGGAGGCAGGAUCGGACACUACCUCAAGCACACUGUAUGCUUUCGUCCAAGCAAUGCUCUUAUUUCCGGAAGUCCAAAGGAAAGCUCAAAAAGAGCUCGAUCGUGUUAUAGGCCUCGACCGCAUGCCAACCAUAGAUGACGAGCCGAACUUGCAGUACGUUCGGGCGUGCAUGAAAGAGACCCUCCGCUGGAUGCCAACCACAAUCCUCGGUGCUGUGCCUCAUGCGGUUACUCAGGAUGACACGUACAGGGGAUAUUUCAUCCCUCAAGGCGCUGGAAUUAUGAAUAACGUAUGGGCCAUCCACAUGGAUCCUGAGCGGCAUCAGAGCCCUAGGACAUUUGACCCAGAACGUUACAUCAAUGAUUACCAAAGUCUUGCAGACGCAGCAGCUAACCCUGACUCGACCAAGCGCGACCAGUUCACAUUCGGUGCAGGCCGCCGCAUCUGUCCGGGAAUUCAUGUUGCGGAGCGCAGCUUGUUUCUUGGGAUGUCAAGGAUGUUGUGGGCAUUUGAUAUUGAGCCGCAAGUUGAUGAGCAGGGGAACAAGGUCUUGCCGGACCCGGACAGGCUUACGCAAGGAUUUGUAUGCAUGCCGGAGAAGUUUCCUGCAGUGAUUAGGCCGAGAUCGAGCGUGAGAGCGGAGAAGGUGGUCAAAGAGUGGGAGGAUGCCCAGAGGGAGUGCUUAGAUCCGGAGACGAAGCAGUGGCGGCAAGCUCCUGCGAAGUCAGGCAUGGCCUCGAAAGUGUGA